UCCAAAUUCGUUCUGUUGUUGCAAUUAUUGUCGUCGUCUCCGUCGAUGAUGAUGAGGAUGAUGAUGAUGAGAAUCACGAUGUAGUAAAUAACUACAUCCUAUUUUUGUUUUCAGUUUUUUUUUUAACGAGAGAAGAAAAGCUAUUUUCAAAACAUAUCUAAUGAAUUAUCCUCCGUGAUUCCAGAACCACCAUGUGUCUGUCCUCCUCCAACUUAAGUCUAAGUUUUUUUGCUGUCCCCUCACCUCAGAUGACUUGGACUUUACCAUCUUCUUCUACCCUCAGUUAACAAUGAGCCAAACUAGACUUUGUAGAGACAGUAGUUGGGGGAAUGAUAGAAAUGGUUCGAAGCUUAUGAAUGCUAAAGGACAAAUUAGUUUAUCACAAGGAUUAAUACACAAGAAUGGAAAGCCAUCAUUAAGUUUGAAACUUUCUGAAAAUCCCUACCUCAAUAAAAAACAACACUUCUGGUUACUAAAUGGUGAUGCUAAGCCAGUGAAUAGUGUGAAUGCAAGCAAUAGCUUGGUAUGGGACAGCGACUGUCUUGAAAUGUCCACUUAUGGCACGGAGACAGUGUCUCCGUCAAGGAAGAAAAUGCUACCAAUGGCUGAUUAUUGCCUUUCUGAGGCUGAAGGUCUCAAUUACCCUUUACUGAGGGACAUGUCAAGCUCCAGUUGCGUUGAUGCUGAUGGUUUAUCCGGUGCUUACCCCGUUGAUCUGGAUGGUGGCGUGUUGAGUCUAGAGUCAGAAACUGCUGCUGAUAAGAAUAAAACAGCCGAUAAGAAGUCCAAAGGGAAACGGAAAAGGAAUGUGAACAAAAAAUCGACAACUGACUCUGCAUCAGAAAAAGAGGAUUUAAACGGUAACUCAUUGGUCAUCAGCAAGAUACAAUCAAACACAACUACUGAUGCUGGACGAAAUCAAGAGUUACAAACAGAGGGAAUGGGGAAAGAACUGGACCAGAAGAGCUGCAAGCCAGCUGAUUCGCAAGACUCUGCACAGAAGUCUCGCAAGGGCCGCAAAGGUCCUAUAGUCUAUGCUGAAGAUAUUCCAGAUUAUAGAGGAAAAGAGAAGAUAGAGGAUCUCUUGAACUUCAUUGGGAAAAGCCCAAACAAUGACACUUUGAGCAAGGACAAAAAAAAGAAAAGUAAGAAAAAAGGCCUCCAAGGCCGUUCUUGCCGUUCGAGUGCAGAAAAUAAGGAUGAAAAAAUCGAAUUGUUGGAGUCUGAUUCAACAGAUCUUUAUCCAGCCAAAUCUUCCUCUUUGGAUAAAGUAUGUUGCAACUGCAAUAACUCUGAGAUUGAUGACUGCCUCGGUGAUGACAAUGGUCAGGCUGAUAAUAGCAUUGUUCUGAAUCCGGAAUAUUCCUCUCCUAAUUCUGCUGAGCCCUUUAUUCUUGUGGAGAAGAAAAACAAGAAACGGUUGAAUGCAAACCUGAACCGACCGAAUAAAUUUGCGCCCAAGUCCCCCUACCGAAACCGAAAGCUAAGCUCGUCAGUCAUGCAUCCCCACCAGCCUCACUGUAAUGAAAAAACUGAGUUAGACUCUUCAUAUUCUGAUUUAGAAGGUUCCUAUAAAGCACGUCGCAACUCAACUGGCAAUGUCCACAUGCAGAUGUCUACGGUGCAAAGUAUAACUACAGAGGAUAGUGAUAAUGAAAGUUGGACAUCUUUACCGAUUUCUCAGGUUUCUCAGGGAAUCCAAUUAAUUAAUGAAAAUAGUUACCCAAUUUCCUAUGCGAAGAUAGCUGCUUUGAGCUUGCCUUUGUCAAACUCUCAGUCAUUGAAUCGUAAUGUCCCAUGUUCUGUGUCUAAAGCUGGAGAAAAUGUUCCUGGGUGCAAAGAGACUAGUGCUGUUGUUAAAACCAACAGCAUCAGUGUAAUUAAAGACAAUCAAGUUAGGCGUACCUCAAACGGCAAUGAGCAGAGUUGUUGUGGAAGUGACAUAAGCACUGAGAAUAGUGAUAAUAGUGCUAAUUAUUUAUUGAAAGACAAUGAUAAUUAUUUAGAUAGGAGGCAUUCGGUUGGGGAGUGCAUAGCUGACGGUACUUCAGUGAAAGAGCCCAAGGCUACUACCUCCACUCCAAAGAACCUACAUCAUGACAAGGGCCAAAAAGAGAAUAAAAAUGAGACCAAGGAACAAGAUAUUUCAUUUUGUGAUCAUAAAACAUCAUCUAUAUAUAAAAAUAUAGUUUCUGGUCUGUGUCUUAGCUCAACAGAAAACGGGGAGGAGAAUUUUAAUUUGUCACUUAAUAAUCUAAAUAAAGCCAAGAACUUUAAUAAAAGCAAACUAGUUUCUCAUCACUCCCUUGUACAACAACAACAGCACCAACAACAACAACAGCAGCAGUGUAAUAUUUACGUUAAUAACAGUAAUACAAAAUGUAAUAUGACGGAUAUUCUUGCUGUGAAAUUUAUCAAUCCAAGAGAUAAGAAGCACAAUGACAAACAAUAUAAGAUAACUUUUGGUUUUUUCUAUGAUCCAGACAAUAAAAAUGGUAGAAAUACGACUGGAAGUGACACCAUUAUUGAUGGUAGCAGCUGUCCUCUCUCUUCAGAACUUCCUACUUCAUUGCCUGCCGAGCCCUUUUUGCCCAAGCAGGUAUCAAACAAUAAAGAUGAAGACCACAAGAAGUUAGAGGACAGAGCUGCAAAACCUGGGUGUAAAGAAGGCAACGGUGUUUUGAAAUCAUCUCAUAUUAAUAAUAAUAAUAAUAAAACAAAUCCUGGUGACGAGGCUACAGGCAAAACCCCUCAACUUCCCGACGCAAACUGUGAUUCAACUGAGAAGACUGUAAAAAAUACUGAAGCUGUCAAAUGUGUUAGCAAAUUAAAUGGAGUUGUUGUUCCCACCAACAAAAAUUCUUUAGAAACCCAUUCACUUCGAACAAAUGAAACACCCGAGAGUGCCGCCAUUUCAACUAGCUCCUCUCUACCAAACACAAGCAAUUCCAAAACUGUGAGUCCCACUGCAGUCGAUGACGAAAGACCCCACGGUUUGUCCAACAUUCAGGGAAACAACAACAACCUCCACCACCAUCACACAAGCAAUAAAAAAACAAUCCCCGACAGUAAAUGCGGGGGAAAUAACGGGGACAGUACAGUAAGGUCCUUGCAGGAUAGCUUACAAUUCAUAGCCCUUUCGUAUGGGGAUAAAAUCGAAAAGGACAAUAAACAAAAGGUGAUACAUUUCCGGAGUGAUGUGGCUGAUACCCAGCUCUUCAACCAACAGGAAAUUUUAUCCUAUCUUAGCAAUGAAUAUCGCCGAGUAUGUCAUCUUAGUGGUCCUUCAGCAAUUGUCAGAGUUGGAAAUGAUUAGAAAUGGAGAAAAGCGGAUGGUGAGGUGACAGGUGAAAGUUCAUACUUUGGUACUAAAGGAAAAAAAAAAAACACAAAGAAAUAUGGGGAGGCGGGGAAGAUAAAAAAAAGAAAAAGAAAAAGAAGG